AUGUUCCUGCAGCACGGGGGUCUCCGCCGAAGGUCAUCGCCGUUCGACAAUGGUGGCCGCAUCCGGCGUCUCCCCCGGCGGCGGCUGCCGGUGGCUGUCGCAACGGCGCGGCCGCUGCUGUGGGUGGGCGUGACGCUGGCGCUGGCGGCGGCCGAGGUGGCGCAGGGCGGCCUUCUGGGCGGCGGCGGGGGCGGCGCCGGGGGCUACGGACGCGGGCCAGCCGGGGGCGGCGCCGGAGGCUUCGGCGGACCGGGCGGCGCGGGGGCGGGCGGCUUCGGCGGCGGCUACGGCGGCGGAGCUGGAGGUGGAGACGGCCCAGCGCAGCCCUACCAGUUCCAGUACGCGGUCAAGGACCCGGCCAGCGGCAACGACUUCAGCCAGCAGGAGAGCAGCGACGGCCAGACGGUGACGGGGCAGUACCAGGUGCUGCUGCCCGACGGCCGCAACGAGGUGGUCAAGUACACGGCCAGCGACGCCACGGGCUACGUGGCCGACGUGCAGUUCCAGGGCGAGGCGCAGUACCCGUCCGGGGGCGGUAGCAGGCCCGGCGGCGGCUUCGGAGGCGGCGCCGGGGGCGGCUUCGGGGGCGGCGCUGGCGGCGGCUUCGGGGGCGGUCCCGGCUCCAACGUGUACCUGCCACCCAGCGGCAAGUAGGCGCGCCGCCAAUACGGGUGACGCACUGCCCGGAACGGGAGCUGCGACACGUCCGCUCGUCUACACACUACUCGCCUUUCCUGCCUUAAGACAGCCAGCGACUCUUCGCGAGUAUCGCUUCGUAGUCUUCGACUUCCAAUUCUCUCCUGGCGCUUACUCCACAUCUUGAUUUCCUUCUCUUCCGCGUCUUUCAACGGCUCUACCUUGUAUUCAACUACGGUCGACCGCAGCUCUCCUGUUUCUGGAAAAUGACCAGACGCGACGUUGUCGGACUAUGUUUCACGAGGACCACUACAACCACGAGGAUUAUCUUUGUUUCGACGUUUUUCUGUCGCACAGAAGUUUCUGUCCAGAGGAACGGAGAACGGAUUGUUCUCGAGUUACUACUAUAAAUACUUAGACACGGUACAAUGAUAACAGUAGUGAUAAUUUAUUUGUGUUCGUUCUUUGGGUGCUCUUUCUGAGAGCGCCAUAUCGUAAAUAUUGGACGGACUGGAACGCUCUAUGUUAUAUAUUUGUGUUUGCUCACAGUAGAGUAGCGCAUGCAAGUUUUUAUAAAACUGUUCUCUAAAAAUAUUAAAUGACGUUAACUGUUA